CAGGAGUUGAUAAAACCCCCGCGUGCCGCUGGCGGCCGAGAAAGCCGCGCUCUGGCCAAGCCCGCCCCGUCGCCCGGCUGCUCCCUCUGCGGAGUCCUGGGGGUUUGCCAGCUCUUCCCAGGAGGGACUCGCUGGCCCCGUCGCCUCCACUGCACCCCACCCCACCCCACCGCGCGCAGAGGCUGGGCAGCCCCAAGGGCCGGAGGACGGCUUCCCAUCGCCGCCCUCAGUCCGGCCCGACCACUGGUGGGGCCUGCAGGCCGUGGCCGGCGGUCUCUGCGACCAGCCCCGGACGCAUCGCUUGGGGAGCGCGCUGGAGGAAAAGGCGGGAGCGGCGCGGCGCCGGCCAUGGCUGAGGGGCUGCUGGGGGCGCCAGCCGGGGACGCCUGCUGGGAGAUCGACGUGGAGAGCCUGGAGGAGCCGCUGCCCGCCCAGCCGCCGCGGCCCGGAGGGGAGGAAGGCGAGGCGGACGACGACGACGACGACGACGAGGAGGAGUGCGAGGCGGAGGACGAGGGCGAGGGCGAGGGGAGCGGCGUGGCGGGGCCCGCGCCCGCUCAGCAGGCGGCGGAGGGACUCGCCGAGGCGGGCGGGGAGGCGGCGCCGCGCAAGCUGAGCCGGACGCCCAAGUGCGCGCGCUGCCGCAACCACGGCGUGGUCUCCUGCCUGAAGGGCCACAAGCGCUUCUGCCGCUGGCGGGACUGCCAGUGCGCCAACUGCCUGCUGGUGGUGGAGAGGCAGCGCGUCAUGGCCGCCCAGGUCGCGCUCCGCAGGCAGCAGGCCACAGAGGAUAAGAAAGGACUUACAGGGAAACAAGCUAACUUUGAGCGCAAGACAGUGUACCACAGGCAUGUCCGAACACCCAGUUUGCUAGCCAAAAGCAUUUUAGAAGGUUAUCGUCCCAUUGCAGCAGAUCCCUAUCUGGGAGGGAAUUCAUCCUUACCACCUCCUGUGAGUGACAGGAUGAGAAAAAGGCGGGCUUUUGCUGACAAAGAACUGGAGAAUAUCAUGCUUGAAAGGGAGUAUAAGGAAAGAGAAAUGAUGGAAGCUACUCAAGCUGCUGCCUUUUUUCUGCCUAAUCGUAUAGGGCAUGGGUCUGAAUAUAACUCUUACAAAACUGCCUUUAGCCCUAAUCAGAUUGAAGCUUCCAAUAAGGAGUUUUGCAACUUCUUGCCAACCUGCCUGGAUCUAACAAUGCAGUAUUCAGGUUCAAGGAAUAUGGAACUGAUUUCAUCAAAUGUGAGUGUAGCUACUACCUACAGGCAGUACCCUUUGCCCUCUAGGUUUCUGAUGUGGCCAAAGUGUGGUCCCCUGAAUGAUGCCCUUCUCUAUCAACAGUGCCUUCUAAAUGCUACCACAGUUCAAGCUCUCAAGCCUGGGGCAGCCUGGGAUUCCAAAGCUUCACAAAGUCAGGAUUGUCCAAGCUCGGAACGUGACAUGAUGUCAUCAAAGACUGAAAAUUCAUUCCUACUUCCUCAUGUGCUAGAAAUUCAACCAUCUCCAAAUGAACUCCAGCAGGCCUCCCAAGAUAAUCGUGAGAGAUCAGCCUUCUCACCUCCUAUGAGGACUUUCCAACACAUCUCUGAAAAGGAUUCUCUGGCUGCUCAAGAACAGUCCCUCAGCAAGGAAAGUAACAAGACGCACUUUCCACCACCGCUGAAAUAUAGCCCAUUCCAUUCAUUAUUCCAGCAGGCGUUACAUAACAAAACAGGGCCUGAAUUAAAAAUGACGUUUGAUGAGGCAUCCAAAAAGUACAGGGAAUAUACCCUCAAAGAGAACCCAAAAUACAAAUUCACCAUAGACAGAUAUGCAAAAGACAUUUUGGAGACCAAAAAAGUGAUAACAAAACUGUCAACAAAUGAACCCCUGUCCUUUUCGGUUGAAUCAAUUCUCAAACGGCCUUCUUCUAUGGUCACCAAUGUUACCCAAUAGUUAGAUAAUGUGAUCCUCAAAUGAGUCAUAUUAGUGUAUUUGCACUUAAUUAUGUAAUCCUAGCCAUAUUUACUAAGAUUUUGAGUUCCAUUUUGAUUUAGUGGAAAUUACUUUUAAGUAAACAGAUUUAGGAUUGGGAUGCAUAUAAUUUUAUGCUGCAGUACAUGGAUGGAAACUGCAUUUUAUUUUGUUGGAAUUUAUUUCUAAGUAAAGUGGUUUAGGAUUAUUACUAAAGUUGCCAUCAGGUCUGGAGAACAAUUGUCCUGUCCCUUUAAUAGAAGUUUAAUGGGAUGUGGUUUAUUACCCUGUUUCUCCGAAAAUAAGACAUCCCCUGAGAAUAAGACGUAGUAGAGGUUUUGCUGAAGUGCUAAAUAUAAAACAC